AUGUCGCCUACGGCAAUCUCAACACCAACGGCAAUGCCCACGACCUCGCCCACUGCCCCAGUCACCCCUUCACCCACAGCAAUACCUACAACGUCGACAACUGCUAGUAUUACACCGUCAGUAUCAGUCGUAGCAACCCCUUCACAGGUAGGUGAGACGGAUGACGAUGUAUUCGAUCCGUUUGGCGCGACACCUACAGUUACAGCCACGCCGUUCUUGUCGGAGACGAGUAGUACUGAACUAUCUCAGGAGACUGUCGACGAGUUUAGCUCAGAUGAGAGCGCGACGGAGGGCGUGGAUGAUAUGAUCGAUGACAAUUCACGCGAUAUACUGGAUGACGCAUCCGACCAGGCUGAGGAGAGCUUUUUUGACAGCGAGAUGGCGAGCGAAAGUGAUAAGGCUGGUGAAUCCGAUAGUGUGAGUGAGGAUGUGAGUGACGAGCCACCCAGGUUCUCGACACCGCCUGCGGGUCUCGAUGAUCCUGUAGGUGAAACGAUAGAUGAUACCAGCCAAUCAGAAGAUAGAAAUGAACCUAGUCCCAGUCCAUCAGUGGAGAACUUGUUAAGCCGCUUUUCCCCGCCACCUAAGGGACUCAAUGAAGGUACCAAUCAGGCACCGACUAUACCUGUCAAGCUGGUGGUAGAAGGAGAGGUGGCCACGUUCAAUAGUGACUUAUUUAGGAAUAAUCUGGCCGCCACACUAGGCACCGAGCCGAAGGAGAUUCUGAUUGUAUCGGUGAAAGCAGGAAGUGUGAGUCUUCAGACUUUACUCAGCACCGGCGCCUCAAACGCCGUAGACACCGUUCCGAAAUCAGCCCUCCUACAAGUAGGUAUCUUACAGUACGCAAUUAGAAACGCAGCGCCGCUUUCUACUGAUCCUGACAAUCCGAUCAACCAGCCCCAACCCAAUGGAGAGGUCAGCAGCGCGGAAGCGAACGGUUCCAGCGGGGAUGAUGGUAGCGAUACUACGCUUAUAAUCGGUAUAUCCGUGGGAGUGGCGAUAUUCAUGAUUAUUGUGUGCAGUAUAGUGGGCUACUACGUGUACAGGCACGUCAAGCGCAAAAACGAGGCCAAGAAUCUAGCCCUCAAAACGCCGAGUGUCGAGGAUACAACAGUCAGCCUGGCGAAUCGGUCACAGGAUUACAACUUCAGGUCAACCACCAACACCCACGCCCUGCAGUCACAGAGGAGCUUUGUCGUGCAGCUGGCAGCCGAUCCGGAUGGGAAUACCGGCUGGGUUGUGGACCCCAAGGCUAACUCUAGAGUAGACAUGUUGUCCAUGGCAAACUCGUUUCAGAACACGCGGAGACCCUCAGGUGGGUCUGUGAUGCACUCAGAUGCGGUGUAUAUCCGCGAUGCGGCUGGAAACUUUGUGAUGGUGGGCACCGACCGAACCUCGCAGACUACCUUGGAUCGCAAGGCGUCGUCGACAACGUUGGAUCGAGACAGAGAUGGGAAUACAAGCCGUGGGAGUGGCAGUGGAAGUGUUGACGACUCAGCACAGCGGUGUAUGCCUGGGUUACGUGACAACCAACGCAGCCCUUCGCCCAUUCCGGAGAGUCCGGAUGUCUCCAGUCCGAGCACCCCGCACGCCGAUAAUUACAACGACGACAAAGGUAAGCUUGAACACGGUCAUCACCAUGCCCACGCUGGGUAUGGCGGAAGUGCACUGGAUGUGAGCCAUUCGGGAAGUGAAGGGGAAGGCAGUUCCGGUAGCGGUAGCGGUGGUGAGCGAGGUCAAAUGCCUAUGAGAGCAGGUGGAUUCGUAUCGCAGAAGAACGUGUACAAUGAACAGAACGAUGUAUCUGAAGCACGGAUGUAUACACUGCCGCAGGGUUACCCACCACACAGACUGCCGCACUGGCACCAAUCCCCGCAACCGUCGGUCCAUUCCAUGGGAUACUCGCAGGAACAGCCCAUGAGACCUCCGGGCUACCCUAUGCCCGAUCGACCGAUGAGCGAGUACGCAUAUGACGAAGAGUGCAGGCGUAGAGGUUUGCCUAUUGAGUUUGAUCCGCACAGACAGCACAUGUAUGCACAGGGUCCAGAUAGGCGGAGGUGGUCGGGCGACUAUGGCCUGGAUGAGUAUGGGUACAGACAACCGUACAUGUACAGAGACGGGUGGAAGCAACACCCGAGAAUGGGUGCGAUUGAUGACAGCAUACAAAGCUUAUCUGUAAAUUCCAGCGCCAUCGGCCAGGACCAGAAAAAAUCGGAUCAAAUGGGGCCUAUUACAGGGCCAGUUAGUGGGUUUGUCCACGGGGAUGCGGAAAUAGCAGCGAUACAAGCACCAACGACGUGGAAAGAUAACCCUAUGGUAGUCGCGAGUAUAGCGGUGGCUGUGUCGGCUCUGAUCAUUGUUAUUUUGGUUUUAGUCGUCCUGAUAGUAAUUGUUAUUAUUAAGGAUUGAAGAAGAUAGUCGAGGGUUUGCACUUGAGUCUGUACUGAGCGUAGAUCAGAUUUCGAAAGUUCUUCCAAAAGACCGCCGUUCCUAUGGCCCGGUGUGUCUCAAGCGUGAGAAGAUCUGUCAGUGGUACCGAGCUUGUAGGUGUAAGAAUACCUGCAAAUAUUGUUUAGUUAGUUUGGUGGGUGGAAGAAUAUCUUUGAAAAGAUUGUUUAAUUAGUUAGGUGCAUGCAGGAAGGUCUAAGAAUGCAUUAAAAUUUAAACUACACCC